GUCACCUUCUCGAAGAUAGCAGCUAGAUAACACAAAUUUUCCGCGUGCUUUAAUACUUGAGUAGAGCGUGUUUUUCCGUUAGACACCUUACGCCUGUCGAGACUUCUGCGGUAACGUCAAGAUUAAUAAUUCUACACCAAAUUGCAACGUAUUUCAAAACUACUUUUUACCGAAAGUAAAACAAACUAUUGCACGUCUGAAAAUUCAUUGUGAGUACUCCUCAGAGGAUUUGUAGCAUGCGGAGACUGUGUUAACAGAGAAAGAAGUGAAGCACUACUGAAGGAAAUAUGAUAGAAAUACUGCUUUUGUACCUUUAUGUGGUUUUACACACUUUCACCUAUGCCACUGGAUCAAACAUAACAGCAGCAAGGUCAUCAAGUUCUGCCAUUGAGGAUAGUUCUUUAUAUUUUCCCAAGAAAGGAGUUGAUGAUUUUAUCAGCGUAUCGGGAAUGCCUCGGUUGACAAACUUCACUGUGUGUUUUUGGAUGAUGUCGAGCGAUCCAACAGGAACUCCUCUCAGCUAUGCUGUGUCACAACAGCCCAAUGAACUGGUCAUUGACUACGAGAAAGAUGGCUUCCUGUUCACACUUGGAAAAUUUUCAAGGUGUGCAUUUCCGCAAACUAAUCGAAAGAAAGGAAGUGUCGAAUUAGUAAAUAGUUGAAAUCAUAUGUGGUUGGCUCAGCACAGCAUCCUGCCUGCGUUAAAUUAUAACACCAUGUGGAUCCCCAUUAUUGGAUCCCUUGGUUUAUUCCUUUGUGUCUUCUUCUGUCUUACGAUGGAUCAAGUCAUAAUACAAAAUUGCAGUUUGUUUAAUUCGUUUAUUGCACAAUGGCGUAGCAUAGAAGGUUUAUAAGCAAUUGUAUCUAAACAUCAUAACUGCGAUGAAAUAGGUCUGAAAAUAGGUGCAGCUUACAAAAACGUUCCUUUAUCACU